AAAGGGGGAGGGAGUGAAAGGGGGAGGGAGUGAGAGAAGGCAGAGGGAAGGGGCCGCAUGGUUCAGUCCGCACAUAAACCGCCUCCGUCUCCACACGGCUCACCGUCUCCUGCCUGUUUCAUUCUCCCGGACACUUACAGCUCGCGCCGACCGGCUGAUCUUCGAUCAUUUCUCCCCGCGGACCUCCACCUGUCCGGUGCGUUCAAAGACGCUCCGAAACGCCGCCGUUCACCUGGGACGCACGAGGACAUCGUUCGCAUGACACCGUCGCCGGAUAAAACCAGCGGAUGCACCUCGGCAGAAAGAAGCUGGAAGAGUGAGGACCAGCUGACCUCCGGCCCUUCAGCCAACAUCCCCCCCAAGCCGAGCCCGAAGCGCGCCAUGUCGCUCGGCACGUUCCACCUCAUGCAGACGCUGAAGAACUCCCCCGCCGCGCUGCGGCGCCGCUUUCGCCGCGACCGCACCGAGUCGCUGUCCCACGGCGACCCCCUCUUCAAGGUCCACUACCUGGGCACGGAGAAGAUCUUCUCCCUGGACCGGGAGCAGGCCCAGGACGCCAUCAGCCGCCUGCUGGACGGCAUCGGCGGCGGCGGCGGGAAGAACCUGAGCAAAGACCACGCCCUGGUGGUGCGGCCGCGCUACGUCGAGGUCAAGGAGCUGAGCACGGGCCGGCAGCUCACCAAGACGUACCUGCAGGACAUCGCGUACUGCGCCGCCGACUCCACCCGGCCCAACGUCUUCCUGUACAUCUGCAAGCACCAGAGCCAGCAGCUGCAGUGCCGGGUGUUCUGGUGCAGCCGGGCGGAGCGGGCGCGAGACAUGACGGCGUGCCUGGCGCUCUCCUUCCAGCGGGCGCUGAGCGACCUGCAGACGGACGGCCCGGCAGCGCUGCAGCCCGGGGAGGCCAAGGGGAAGGCCAAGGGGAAGGGGAAACGGGCGGAGGAGAAGACGGCGACAAACUCUCCAGCCCUCGCCAAGAGCUCCACGCUGCCCGGCAGUCUGGGAAAAGUGCGCUGGAGGAAGUCUCGCAGCCCCCUCAGAGCCAUCACGAGAAGAGGGUCCGCCUCCGACAGCUGCAGCUGAAGAAAGGACCAAUGGGAUGAAACCGUGGGGGACGUGGGGACAGGAGUGGACGUGGACCCAAAGCCGUUGGUUUAUUAUUAUUUAUUUUUAUUUUCGCACAAGUGGCGUCGGAUGAAGAAGACAACGCUGUUGCCUGCUGCCUUUUGUUACACGUUACCCGCCACGUGAGGACUUGGACGGCUGGUCCAUUUUUCGGUCCUCUUGAGACUUGCCACAGGAGAGGGGUUUCUUCUCAGUUGGAAAAAGACUAUUUAGACGAGCUGUUGGCCAACUGAUCCACAAAAAACUGGAAAAACACCGCUUGUUAGAGCUGAUUGUUUUAUUUAACUGACAUCUGUGACAGGUCACGAUGAUUUCCUUUUAAUUAUUAUUUUUUUCAACUGGUUGUAUAUGAUUUAUAUUUUGACAUCUGGACAGUUUGGACAGAAAUUAGUUUUAUUUCACACACCACAGUAGCGACCUGCAAAAAAACCAAAACACAGAUCUUAACUGUCCACCGCGAUGAAGUAAUUGCAUUUCUGCAGGGAGGAGCACGCUCAGCCGUGACUUGCGGGGUUUGUGUUUCCGCACACUGGGAACGCUGUGUUCCCGCGCGGCGCCUCUGUGUGGAAUGUGAGGCAAUGCACCUGCAUUCCGAUUGGAAGGGGAGGAGGGGGGGU